UAUCAUCAUAGGAUCAUCGGCGCAUUUGUCUCUGCUUUUCUGAUUGUCCUAAACCCAAUCCGUCGUUUACUAUCAAUGUCGUAUAACUCAAGCAUCCGUGCGCAAUUAUGCCUGAUUUAGAAUUUCCACUGCCUCCUGACAUUCGAGAUGCCGCAGGCAACGGCCACUUAUUACCCACUUCCAGCCAUAUCAAUCCUACACAUGCAAAGAAGGUACCCAGAGUCGUCCACCCUCUUUAUCCUCGUAAACACCCUGGCGACAUCCUUCUCAUCACUGAAGAUAACGUCGGAUUUUACGUUUCUCUCCCUUUCAUCACCCGUCAUUGCGGAUUCCUCGAAGGUUAUGAAUCUCUCAAAAAGGAGAUUACUGGGGAGCAAAAGCCGAGCCUGAAGGAACACGAAGAAAAGGAGGAGUGUCAGGCUGAGAGAAGAGAGCUGCCUUCAGCAAUGUCAUGGGGUCUGCGUCUAGUCCUUGACACCCUUGGCGUCAUUGAAAGCAUGACUCUCGCAAUCGAUUCUUUCUCUUCUACCGCCCAAAGUUUGUCGUCAUCGGCAGUUCUUGAUCCUCAAACAUUCAACGACCGAUGGCCCCUUGAUGUCGUUUUCCAAUACCUCGCCCCCGCCGUCCGGCUCGCAGACGCUUACGAUAUCCCCGAAUUUAUAGCGUACAUGGGCAUGAUACUUCCCGACGACCCUUGGCACCGUUACAUGAUGGCAGCCCUCUCCGAGAACGAGACGCUUGCCAAGGAGACGUCAACGGAGACGGUUAAAUACCAUAUCUCGGAUAUGCCACCUCCGGUGGUUUCCAUCUUGUAUAAGAGCGCGUCGUCCUAUCUAUGGAGGCUACGGAAGCUACACACAAAGAAGAUGGAGUCCUAUCCUGGUCUCAAAAUGGCUUGGGGCUGUGCGUUUCCAAUGUACGAUAAGAACGAAGAUUUUGGAUCCAGGUGCCAAAAGGGAAAAUAUGGUGUCCCCAUGUGCAUCACUUAUGAAAAUUUCGAAGGUGAUUUCGCGCGAUUGAGAGCAGUAGCAGCAGAGAGGGCUUUCGGAAUCCUUAAAAGGGAAAAAAGUGAUGAAAAGGUCAAAAAGGCUAUCAAAGACGACAUUGGACGGUGGAUAAGCUGUUUCAGAUGUCGAAGGAGGUUGCUCAAGACGUUCUUGAUCAUCUGGGAUAACUGGGUAACGCAGUGGCGCCCGCAAACUAUCUGAUUCAGGCAAUUCGUGUGUAUUAAAGUGGAUGGAGGUUUUGUAUAUAAAGUAAUGUUGUUGCAGUACUGGUUGAGUUUGACAUUCCACUUGUUGUAUAUAAAGUGUUGUUGCAGUAUUCGUUGAGUUUAAAACAUGGUUUAUUUCA